CGCCCUUUCCCCACCCCCGGCGCCCGGCCCUGCCACCAGCCCUGCGCUCCUCCAGCCGCCCUGCGCAUCUCUCCGGCCACAUCGUCCGCACCAUGAAGGCGCUCCUGCUCGCCGUGCUGGCCGCGGUGCUGUGCGUGGAGAGAGCCCACACGCUCAUCUGCUUUUCCUGCUCGGAUGCCUCCUCCAACUGGGCCUGCCUGACACCUGUCAAGUGUGGAGAGAAUGAAAACCACUGCGUGACGACGUACGUCGGAGUGGGACUCGGCGGCAAAUCUGGCCAGUCCAUCUCGAAGGGAUGCUCUCCCAUCUGCCCCAGCGCUGGGAUCAACCUGGGAAUUGCGGCCGCCUCCGUUUACUGCUGUGACUCCUUCCUCUGCAACAUCAGCGGUUCCAGCAGCGUCCGAGCCAGCUACACCAUCCUGGCCUUGGGAAUUCUCAUCAGCUUCAUCUACGUCCUCCAGGCUCGCCAGUGAUGGGGCUGCCUGAGGAAGAGCCGCCUCCCACGGGUCUCGUUAGCCAAUAUCUUCUCUGUUGCUGUCUGCAAGGAGAUCCUCUACUUCUCAGCAGGCUUCCAAGGUGAUUGUUUCCCAGACUUUUUUUGCUCUUCCAAGCGAGUUGGAGACCUGGGUGGUUUGGCUGAGCUGUUCUCCUCCUCCUGUGGACGUCUCCCGCUGCACUCUCGCUCCUCCUUCGCCAAGGUGGAUGAUUUUGGAAAGGUUUCUGCUUUUUCUACCUAUUAAUAAUCCCCCCUCCCCACCACCCCCUAAUUUCUAAAGUUGAUUAAACCAGGCUGGGACUCACUGAGAACAGAUUCACCCCAAGCACCACCAGGUCUGCUCCAGCACAUGGGUGGCACAGGCAGAGGGAAUGCAGGAUCUAAAGGGAGACACAUUCCUGGCCCCUCACAGCUGCAGUCUCUUUUUAUAAAAUAGUCUCGUUUCUUCUGAUCCUGGGCUGACUUUUCUGGAAAACCAAUGCCGUGUACCUUGUCCUUCCAAGUUCUGUAAGUGCCAGACCUGAAUAAACUUGCUCCUGUUGUUACCUGA